GCCGUCUGUCGGGGGCCUUGUCGCGCAACGCGCUAAUCUUAGACUUACCACGGCGCAACCUUCGAAGGGUGGGAGCCACACGCCCACGCUCACGCUCACGCUUACGCUCGGUCAACCAUGCAGAGAUCUGCUGCUUCGACACCGACGCAGAAUGCGACUCCUUUCUUUUCUACCAAUAUCUGGGGGAACAGCAGCGCCAAUUCGAUCCCUAACGCACAGUCGCAAUCGAGCCAAGGUGGUCGUAGCUCCAGUAGAUCGCGUCCCGGUACCAGUUCGGGCGACAAAGAUAAGGACAAAGAGAGGGAAUCUAACGUCUUGACUAAAGACCGCGAUCGCAAACCUUCUUUUGGGCGCAAACCAUCCUUUUCUUCCCCCUCCAAGGGAAAAAGACGGGGAAGUUCGUCCAAUGCAGGAACAGGAACAGGAACAGGAGGCCAGAUCAGAACCGACGCUGCUAUACCACCCGCUAUUCCCCCUGACUUUGCGCUUGCUGCCGCCGCCAGGUUGGUAAAAGAACCCGAUAUAGUAUCCUCGCCGGCAUCGACCGAUUCUUUUUCUAAGAUGAUAGCCCGCACGGCACCAACGUCUAUCAACGGCUACUAUCCUGCUUCGACUACAACUUCUCCUCCCUUAUUUCAAAACGAGAUCCCCUCGCUUCACCAGCAUAUCCACGAAGUCGCUAAUAAAAGGAUAUCAACUUUAGAUUAUCUACGUAAAGCUCAUGAGGGUCGCGUCUACUGGUUCAACACGUUGCUUUUUGACAAGCCCGACCUGGCACGUAUGCCUUAUUUUGACAGCCGCAAGUUGGCCUAUCGUGCUACCAACUAUCUUCUGCUCGGUCUUUCGCUACCGGCCGUCAUGGACCUCAACUCGGGCACGCCGCUCGAGUUUCUUCGCUCUCUCAACACCCUACUCGCCGAGUUUGAAUCCUACCAGCAAAUCCAUACCGAGAAUGGCGUGAACACGAGUUCGCUUUCCCGCGCCCGCAUACCAAAUAUGUUCCGCCGAGGACCUGGUGGAAGAGGCCGGAGGCAGUCAGGUGCCAAUGAUUUGUACACGGAGACUAGCAACAAUAGCCUAGCUAGCGGCUCGGCCGUGAACUCGAUGCCUACGAGCGUUAUCAACUUCGGGCUUGGUGGUGAGGGCAACGACCUUGUGCCUGGAGAGGAGUACACUCACCUCUUAACGCCGAACCUUCCUUUCGAUCCCGACUUUUUUGAGACGUUUGCUACACUAUGCGACGUAUUAAUCGAUUGCUACUCGAGGCUCAUGUCCCUUCUUCCUACAGCGAAAGACUGUACUCCUAUCAUUGCGGAGCUGUUUACCAAAGCUGAUGCCAAGGUGCGCAAGAUUAUCAUCCAGGGUGUGGUCAAGGAAUUUGAAGAUUCUAGCCGGACGGGCUUGAAACAGGAGAUCGCUAGUGUGGGCAAGGUGGUCCUUGGCGGUUUGAUAUGAUGAGGAUAUUCACGUAUAUGCCUAUAUAUAUGUAAUAGUGGGUUUGUGUUUAUUGGCUUAGUUGCUGUCCUGGUGUUUUUAGGAUCACUUCCGGUUGAGGAUACCAAGUAGCAUGGGUUACAGGGCACAAUGGCGUUCAAGUCUUUAAAUGGGAUAUUAUGCAUAUAAUGAUCACUAGUAUACUACAAUGUCUAAUCAUGGCGAGUAUAUAAAUAUAAUUAGGCAUUACUGUCUAACAUAAUGACUGAGACUAUCA